AUGGAAUGGCAAGAGGUCGGCGUCGGCGGCGUCCUCAUCUAUGACACCAAGACGGCGGCGCAGGUCGUCUCGCCUUACCUCCCGAAAAGCCUCCUUGACGGCUGCGGCUGCACGGCAGCCAUUACAGUCGGCAACAGGCUGUAUUUGUUCGAGUCAUGUGGGUUUGAGAGAUAUUAUAAGUACGUCGGCCACGGCAAAACUAUUUUUGCAUCGGGCUUGCACUGCCUCACCGCCCGUGCAGCCGGAGGAGACGACGACAAGCUCUGGAAUUGGCAGCCGGUGUCCGCUUCGUCGCAGUGGCGUUGGAGUAGCGGUGAGAAUCUUCUGAUGCUCCCCUUCGACGCCGACAACAUCUUGGCGCAUGCGGUGCAUGCCCCGCUAGGAGCGGCCCCGCACGACCACCAGAUCUUGGUGUCUGCUUGGGACGUGAGCAAGACCUACAAGACCUUCUCUUUCAGCACCACGAGUCAUGAGUGGACAUGCCUCGGCGACUGGCGGCUGCCCGUCGUCGGCCACGCCUACUACGACCAUGGUCUCGACGCGUGGGUUGGUCUGGAUGCCGUCGAUGAUGGCUACCUCUGCGCCGGCAAUGUCUUGAGUGCUCCCUCAGAGUGGAAGGACGGCAGGGAGAAGCUGUUCUGUCUCGAGGAGGACGCCGAGGCUGGCUGGAGCCACAUCGACACCAAGCUCGUGCCCAUGUCAUCUCCCGAAGGCGGCGGUAGCGAGUACUGUCUCAUGGAGCGUCUGAGACCCAAGGUGAACGACCAAGACAAGUGCUUGGUUCAGUUGGUUGACGCCGAAACCUGUCUGCUCCGGCUGACCUCUUUUUGUGUGGAGCGUGGCGAGGAAGGUGAGCCCGUGGUCACGGCUCGCCGGCGCGCUCGCUCUUACAGCGUGUCUAGGUACAAUAAAUUUUUUGAAGCUCAAGCAUUUUGGAUGUAG